AUGGCCAUCACAACAGAUGACAAGUUGGAGUCCAAAGAGACACAACGACCCCAAAGCCAGUCUUCUCAUGAGAGGCCACCAUCCUAUUCGGCCAACGAGGCCGAGCAGCCACCGCUGGAGCUUAAGCUGGACCUCGGCUCUAUCCCACCUUCCGUCACCACUGUCACCCGCGAUCAAUGUAUUGCCCACCUCAAAUUUCUAGCCGUGCUUGCAGACCUGCGAGAUGUCAUCUCGAGUGAUGACGGUCUCUUUGGGAUCUUCGACUCCGAGGCAGAUAGAUUCCCCGAUUUGCUGAACGAAGCACGGGCUCGUAUUCGUGAGAAGCGCUGGGCUGUGUACGUGGCACGCGCUGUUCAUCGAUACACUACCUGGUGGUCUGUUGGUCUCCCAAGGUCACGGCAGAUGGCGACAAUUGGGGAUUUAGAGUCUGCUAACUAUGGGGAUAUCGUGAGAUGUGACACUUUGGUCGCCUGGAGCCCAGAAAACCUGCCACCUCUAGAUAUUCUGAUGGUUUGGCAUUCUCAUUCGCUGAACCCCCGCAGCUUUCUCGAAGAUUGUAUCAGAUAUGGCAAGAUGAGUACCUGGAGAACUGGGUUCCCAUGGAAAGUGAUCGACAGCUGCAUCGACAACCGAACAAUGGAGUAUAGAGUCUCCGAAGAAGCACAGCAACUAUUCGAAAAGAAGCUUCAAUUCAAGUGGAACAACCUAGACAAUCCACCAGUUAAGGAAGUUGAAUGUCCACGCUGCAAGAAGGUGAACUAUGUGCCAUGGACAGAAGCUCGUUUUGGUGAGACUGUCGCCAAUGCGUUCAGAUUUGGCGAUGGCUAUGCCGACAACAACUUUGAGAAGAAAUGCCUCAACUGUCAACACAUCAUCGAUCAUGGCCGACUCAAGGUGGCCAAGUUCCGAAGGGAUCUCCAAGCCACUUUACAACAAAAUUUGCCAAUGCCUGGGUCUUUCACCAAUCUUUAUGGAGUACCCGAGGGCUCACAGGCUACAAAAAACAAUCCAAGAUUCACAUCUAUGAUGUUCCCUACACGUCUCGUCAAAGCAACUGGAAAGGAUUUGAGCAGCUUUACUGAUGGACGAGUGGAUUGGUGUCAGAACAUCGACCAACUCCGGGAGAGACUCGAGGAAAAGCUCCGUGACCGUACAUACAUAUUCAGUGCCAAUGGAGGUGUGAACACCAAGAUACUCAGGCCAACAGAGAAGGUCCACUUCCGACGAAUGAUGUCGCGGUACUGGGACAACCUGGAUCCAUUCGCAUUAGAUCUUGUGGGUGCAGUGGUCCGACAAGGAACCUUCGUGGAAAAGAUGGAUCAGAUCGAUUGGCUACAUUCACCCGCAGUCUUUGAGACCAUGGACCGAAUCAUCAAAAAGUACGAGGUCUUCUUCAAGAUAAUGCUGGAUAACCCAAACAACAUGGCCGUGCCUACCCUGGAUGUCGACCUAGCCUGGCACACACACCAACUCAGUCCACCCCGAUACUACAACCAUAGUAUCUCCAAUGCCAAACCAAACUGCAUGCCUAUCUUCAUCGACCACGACGAUAAAGUCGACGAAGAAAAGCUAUCGGACGGUUUCGCCUGGACAAGUAAAAUGUACCGCCGAGCCACUGACGGAGGCAUCUACAGCGAAUGCACCUGCUGGUACUGCGAGGCAACCAGAACGCCAGACCUUUACGAUCGCCUGAUCGCCGUCGGCUCAGUCUCUCGUGCCCGCGAUGCCGCAGACCAGUUACACAGCCGUCCUGAUAUCUCGUCCGACCCAAACAAAAACCCUCACAUCUCUGCACACAAUGCUAUCCGGCCUGCGAGCUUGUACGCCCCGACAGCGCGUCCUAACACAAUUCAGUUUUUGCGGUUGAAAAGCAAUUAUCAAAAGGCUGCCAGGCGUGCUGAGAAACGUGCUGGGAAAGAUGGUCGUGCUCGCUCGGGCUCCAAGUCUAGUGAUCGAGGUCCUGUCGCUGACCCAUACUAUAUGCCUUAUGCUUAUGGAUACCCCAUUAUGGUGCCAUACUAUGCUCCCUAUAUGGCGGACCCUUGCAUCAACUCCGAUACGUACGCGUGUAACCCUGGUUGCAUGAAUAUCACUGUCGGAGCUGCUGGAAACUGUUGUGCCGGCACAUGUAGUAAGUUCUUCCUCCGAGAUUCUAGAAGUAUUGAAUGGUUUUAA